AUGACUAUUGUUAAUAACCACCCUGAAGAAACCCGUGAAGCUCUCUUGAAAUCUGACACUAAACUCUCUUCCGGAGAAGUGGUUGUCGAUCACCGUUACGCUGCUGUUGCAUCUGAAGCCUCAAUUCAGGCCACUAAAACAAGUUUAGAAGCCAAUCUUCAUGAAGUUACGGUUGUUGAAACCAAAGAGGAAGCUUUUGAAUUUUUGAAGAACUUAAUUCCUAAAGGAGCCUCAAUUAAUAAUGGUCAUUCUACUACAUUGGAAGAAAUUGGGUUUAUCUCAUAUUUGAAGAAUGCUACUGAAUGGGAAAAUGUUCACGCUCAAAUUUUAGCAGAGACUGAUUAUGCUAAACAGGCGGAGUUGAGACGAACUAAAGGCUUCACUGUCGAUUAUUAUUUGUCUUCUGCUAGUGCUAUUACUGAAGAUGGAAUAAUCGUUGGAUGUGAUUGGUCAGGAACUCGUGUCGGUGGUUGGAAUGCGACUGCCGGAAAAGUUGUUAUCGUUAGUGGUACAAACAAAAUUGUUAAAAACGAACAAGAAGCUAAUGAACGUAUACAUAAAUAUACUUUAGAAUUAGAAAGUGCACGCGUUAGAUUGGCUUAUAAAGUAGAUAAAAGUAAUGUUGCUAAUUAUGUUCUUGUUAAAGGUGGUAAUCCUUUCGCUCCUAAACGUUAUCAUGUCGUACUAAUCAAGGAGUCUUUGGGAUACUAA